AUGUCUGUCUGUACGCUUAUACCACCAAUUAAAUUACUUGAUCUUGUAGCAAAUGAGAAUUCUGAUAAAUGUGAAGCUCAUCAUAUUUGUGAUAGAGAUAAUAAACGUGUGAAAAGAGCAGUCGAAAUCCUAGAACAGCGUGAAGUAUAA